AUGUAUUAAUGGGAUUUAGUAAAUGAAUCGAGUGAUUAGUUAAGAAUGUUUAGCUAUUGUUUUAUAGUGUGGAGUGCAUUAUUUAUACUUUGCUAUGAUAGGAUAAAAUUGAAUAAUCUUAGUUCUAAAAAACAAAUAGAUGUAUUCAACCGAAUCGUCUCAAUUUUACAUGGACAAUUUACUUUUUGGGGAUCAUUAAUUAUAAUACUUUCACAAACUCCUUACUAAUUAUAGGAAAUGAAUUCUUCUGAGAUGUAAUUCGUUAUGAUAGUCAGUGCAGGGUAUUUUGCAUACGACGUCAUAAUUUGUACUUAUUUCGAUUUAUAUGACUAUUGGUUGAUAUUUCAUCAUGUCAUAAGUUUAAUGGCUUUUGGAGAGAGUAUUCUCAAUAAGAAAUAUGGACAUAUCAUUAUAUGUAACAACUAUACUAAAUUACUAUAUAGUCGGUAUGUUCAUCACAGAAAUAUCAAAUUUGCCAAUGCAUCUUAGACAUAUUUUGGGUUGUUUUGGAUUGAGAUAAACAAAGAUUUAUGAAUCAAUUGAAAUCCUUUAUUUCUCAUUAUUCAUAAUUUUUAGAGGAAUCUUGAGUCCAGUUUUAUUAAUACGAACAUAUGAAGAUCUUCAUGCUCCAUUAUUAAUAAAAAUUUCUGCGUCUGGAUUAUUAGUAUAUUCAACCUAUUAUAUCAUUGAGUAAAUUUAAAUUCUAUCUAUUUUUAGGAUGGUGAAAAUAACCUAAAGAAAAAUCAAAUCAUAUAGAGAUAGAAAGAGAAGGAAUUUAACAAUGUAUUGGUUUUCUUAGAAUCCAUUACUGCCUUCACAAAAAUACGUAGACUCAAUAUUAUGA